GCAGCAAAAGAAUCUUUGGAAGCCGACUUGCCCAAAAUUCUAAAGCAUUUUCACUUUGUCCAUAGAUAAAUUUUGAGAAUAUAUAUAUCACAAGGAAAGAGCAUGCCUAAUACAUCAUAACAGUUAGCUGGGGUUCUGUUCAGAAGCAAGAGAAGUCACAGAUGUUUGGGCAGCUCUCACACGAGCUAGGGGUGAACGUGCCGGCAAGUGAAGCGUGGGAGCUUUACAGCACGCUUCGGUUGGCAAAACUUGUUGAAGAAGAGCCUGCAAGUGGCAUUGAGAAAAUUGAUGUCAUAGAAGGUGAUGGAGGGGCUGGGACUAUUCUCAAGCUAACAUUUGCAGGCCCACCUUUGUUUACUGUUUACAAAGAGAAGUUCAUAAAGCUUGACAAUGAAAAACGCCUUAAAGAAACAGAAGUGAUCGAAGGAGGAUAUCUUGAGUUAGGCUUUACUCUUUUUCUUAUUCGAUUCGAAGUCAUAGAGAAAGACAAUGAUUCAUGCAUAAUCAAAAGCACAAUAGAGUAUGAUGUCAAGGAAGAGGCUGCUGCUAAUGCCUCGUAUGUUACUAUUGACGCAGUGGCAAAUAUUGCAGAACUCUCCAAAAAUUAUCUCACCAAAAACAAAGCUGCUAAAGAUGAACACUAAUUAUGUAUCUUUGGAAUUUGUCAGUGAAAAACCACCUUAUGAGAUAACAAACUUGUGGUAUUCCUCAUCUUUCUAUGUACUUAAAUGUUUCAAUGCCUCUUAUAAAUCAAUUGCUUUUGCAGCAAAAAGAACUCAUGGAGGAUUAAUUGAUAAGAAAAUUCUAGUUGAGUGUGUUCUUGAUUAUAGAAACAUGUAUUUGUCA